GUCAGUUGUCGUAGUUGUUGUACGAGACAUGUAUUAUAAUACACAGCGACACUAUACGUAGUCGCGUUCAGUUAAAUCUAAAAAAAAUGUGGGGCGUUAUCUGUAUAUUAUGUUCGUUUUGUUUAACCGCGAUUUUAACAGAAGCAAAAUUCGUCGAUACCGACUACAAAAAGCAAAGGGAAGAACUCCUGCAAAAAGAAUUCGAACGAUCACUAGGAGGUAAUUUGGUUCUGAGCGAAGAUGAGAAAACGGUAAAUGAUAUUCUAAUGUACUGGAAGAAUAAAGAAUUAGAUGAAUGUUUUCGGAACCCCGAUCGAUUCAACUUGUCCAAGAGCUAUUUCACGUACAGAGAUUAUAUCAAUACGUCUAAUGUGUAUAAGAUAAUCAGGCGAAUGCCCAAAGGAGGCGCUCUUCAUAUUCACAGUUCGUUAAUGUUAGACGCGGAUGGUUUAGUAAAACUGACGUACGAAGACCACUUGUACUGUUGUUACGAAGGCGACGAUUUAAAACUACAAUUCUCCGAAGUCAUUCCCGAACGACCUUGUACUGAUAAAUGGAGCCUGGUGAGUGACCUUAGAAACGCUUCCGAUGACGUCAUAGCCUUUGAUAACGAAUUGAGAAAGCACUUCAUAAUGUAUGGCAAGGGCGACUACAAUACGAGCGGUGCUAACGAUUCGUGGAAGGAAUUCAACAGGGUUUUUAGAAUCACAAAAUCACUUAACAACUACAUACCGGCGAGAAAAAAGUACUUUUACGCGGGCCUUAAAAACUUUUAUGAGGACAACGUGAUGUAUAUGGAAAUUAGAAGUACAGCUUUUGGUAUUUUCGAAUUCAACAGUACUUACCACAGCGGGAUGUAUUUACUGAAUAUGUACCAAGAGAUAACCGAAAAUUUUAAAAAGGAUCAUCCCGACUUUUUUGGUAUCAAAUUUAUACUCACUUCGCAUAGAGACUUGGACACUGUCUUAGUAAGGCAGAACUUAAAUCUAACUAGGCAGAUUAAAAAGGAAAUGCCAGAAAUGUACGCUGGUUUCGACUUAGUCGGUCGAGAAGAUUCCGGGAAAACACUGCUAGAUCGUCUUCCCGAGCUGGCUGAAAUGAAAAAUGAGAUAAACUACUAUUUUCACGCCGGAGAAACCGUUCGGUACGGGACUACGUCGGAUGAAAAUUUGAUUGACGCCAUACUUUUGGGCACACGGAGGAUCGGCCAUGGUUAUGCCCUCUUAAAACAUCCGAAUCUUUUGAGUAUCAUUCAACAAAAAGAUAUAGCUAUCGAAGUGAAUGUGAUAUCGAAUAAUGUUCUAUCGUUGGUGAACGAUGUGAGGAAUCAUCCAUUGGCAACAUAUUUAGCUCUCGGUCUUCCCGUGGUGUUGUCAAGCGACGAUCCUGGCGUCUGGGGGGCUGAUCCGUUGUCGCACGACUUCUACGUGACAUUUGUCGGUGUCGCCAGUAAGCGCUCGGAUUUAAGACUCUUAAAACAGCUGGCCAUUAACUCUAUAAAGUAUAGCGCGUUAGACGACAAGGGCAAAACCAAUUUGUUUCGGAUAUUCAAUUCAAGAUGGUCUGAUUUUAUCCAAGAGAUUAUUCAAUUGAAUGCACGCGGUGAAUUUAAUAGUGCGUAGGAAGAAAAGUAUGUUUCGAUGUUUUAAUAGACGCGUUUAUUAGAACGUCUUGGAAUAAACAUCCACACUGUGCUGCGAACAAUUAAAGACAUGAAUUUCUCAAUAACAAAA